AUGGUCGGCUAUCCUCACUUGAAGCACUACGCUGAGCAUAUCCAGUAUGGAAAUCUCAAUUGCUACGGGGACCCUGUUGGACGCUGGCACAGAGCACACGGUGACAACAAGUCAAGCAGCGGUGGGAAAUAUCACCAUGAAUGCAUGAAGACUUCUGGAGAAAAGCCCGUCUUUCGCAUUCGGGUUAUUUCAGGUGGAACGGUUGCUCAUGGACCGGUCGACCUACCCGACGAAACCCAGCCAAGUGAUGGCCGUAAAGUCGAUGUUCUGAAGGAAUUAGGCUGA